AUGCUGGUUCAGCGUUUCCGAGACACCCCGUUGCAAGUCAAUGGCGCCUACACGCAAGAUGUCAUCAGAUCCUUUGUCAACGAGUUGAAGCCGUCGGACGUCUAUAGCUGGGAAUCGGUGCGCCUCACCUUCAAGCCGAACGACCCAAGCAUGGAUCGACAUCUGGAAAUCUACGCUUAUCGCUUCCCGAGGAUGUGGAACAAGGAUUGGGCUGCGUCCGAGCGCGAUCUGCCAAUGGAGGUGCAAACAUUCUCGGAAGACAUCGCGCGUGAGUGCGAGCGCGUCAUCGAAUACUGGGAGGAGCAUCGCAGAGAUCAUCGGGACGUCUUUGGGCUGCCCGGCCAAAAACGCUUAGCUGACGCGGUGAAAUCAUAUGGGUGCUCCUACGUGAUCCACGCCGAAAGUGAAGCUCUUGGUCCGCGCGUGAUGCAGGAGCGCUUUUCCAAAGCGUAUAUCGCUCUAGCCAAGGCGUGCAACGAGGGUCGGCUUGCUACCGAUGAAGUCAUGGAGCUGUCGAUCGCGCAGUAUCCGUUUGAAAAGUCGGCGAAACGGAUCAAGCUCAACACGAAUCAACCGCCUUCCCUCGAGCUGUUUGCGGAGAUCACCAAGAUCCUGAUCGAACAAGAUUUGACCAUGAGGAUUAAGGUGAAGACGAGCAUUGCCACCUAUCUUGCGUUCUGGGCACGCUCGAGAGGUUACCCGCAGUGCUCAUUCACGUCGCCGAUUAAGGCACUUUCAAACAGCAUCGAUGAAGUCAAUCUGCUGCUCGCCAGGACUUCUUUGAUU